CUUCUGCCUGUGUUUAUUCAGCUCUGAUUUAUUAUUAUUGAAUCGUUGAAAGGUGAAAUAUUCAUAGAAGUCGAACACGUAUUAACACGUUGUUAAAGAAAAGUGUUGUAUUCAUUGACUGAAUAAGACUACUACUGGCUGGAUGGGUCAUUCAUAAUGAUGCUUGACUGGUGAUCAUCGCAGGGAUUCACACAGGACAAAUGUAUGAAAAGUGGAGCCAAGAAACAAGACCAUCACAGAAAAUGACAUAGAGACCCUUCCAGACCUUCAAGGUGAUGUGCAGAAGCACACAGUGAGUAAUGUGAUCAGAGGGGAAAGGGAAUGCAGACUUGCCAGCUAUAGCUUGUAUGUGAGCGUGAUGCCCAGGCGGGGGUUGUCGCUCCAGGGCCGGUUCCGCUGGCUCUUUCUGGGCCUCUUCCUGCUGCUGGUGCUGCUGCUGUUCGCCUACCUGCUGGAGUGCACCCCUUCCGCAGACGCCAGCCUGGCCCUGCCCCCCGGCAUAGCAGGGGACACCUACGGGAAGGAGUACUACCAGGGCCUGCUGCAGGAGCAGGAGGAGCGCCACCUGAACCGGGCCGCUAGUCUCAAGCGGCAGAUCGCUCAGCUCAAGCAGGAGCUGCAGGAAAUGGGUGAGAAGCUAAAGCUCAUGCAGGACAAGAAGGAGCCCCCCGGGGUGCAGGGCCUUACGGAGACGAAGGACCAAGAGCCUGGAGACCUGCUGGAGUACCUGCACUCUCAGAUCGACAAGGCGGAGGUCAACACGGGGGCACGCCUCCCCAGCGAGUACGCCCUGGUGCCCUUUGAGAGUUUCACUUCAUCCAAAGUGUACCAGCUGGAGAUGGGGCUGACACGGCACCCAGAGGAGAAGCCUGUCCGCAAAGACCGCAGGGACGAGCUGGUGGAGGUGAUGGAGGCCGCGCUGGACAUCAUCAACAACCCCGACGAGGAGGAUGGAGUGGAGGAAGACAUGCCGAUGCAGAGACAGACCUACACAGAGGGUCACUUUACUGAAGGAAUGUACAGGACAGAGCGAGACAAAGGGACGCUUUACGAGCUGUUCUUCGCCAAAGAGGAGUCCAGCAGCUUCCGCCACGUCACGCUCUUCAGACCUUUUGGUCCCUUAAUGAAAGUCAGGAGCACCUCCGUAGAGACAUCAGCAAUGAUUAUCAACAUCAUCGUGCCGCUGGCAGGCAGAGUAGAUACUUUCUCACAGUUCUUGCACAACUUCAGAGAGGUGUGCAUACAGCAGGACAGAAGAGUCCAUCUCACGGUGGUUUAUUUCGGGCCAGAAGGCCUGCAGGAAGUGGAAUCAUCUUUGGAGAAAAUGUCAAGAGAGGAGAGCUUCUCAAAUUACACCCUGGUCCCGGUGGACGAGGAGUUUUCCAGAGGUCGGGGUCUGGAUAUCGGGGCUCACGCCUGGAAGAAAGGCGACGUCUUAAUGUUUUUUUGUGACGUUGACAUCCAUUUUACACUCGAGUUCCUGAACACCUGUCGUCUCCACGCUGCUCCAAAUAAGAAAGUCUUCUAUCCAGUAGUGUUCAGUCUGUACAAUCCUGCCAUCGUCUAUGGAAAUGCGGAGCUGGCUCCACCGGCUGAACUCCAACUGAUUCACAAAAAAGAUGCUGGAUUCUGGAGAGACUUUGGCUUCGGAAUGACGUGUCAGUAUCGUUCAGAUUUCCUAAAUAUUGGCGGGUUUGAUCUUGAAGUGAAAGGUUGGGGUGUGGAAGACGUCCACCUGUACAGGAAGUAUCUCCGGAGCGAGCUCAUCGUGAUCCGGACCCCGGUGUCCGGGCUCUUCCACCUGUGGCACGAGAAGCAGUGUGCGGACGAGCUGACCCCAGAGCAGUACCGCAUGUGCAUCCAAUCCAAAGCCAUGAACGAGGCGUCGCACUCCCACCUCGGAAUGCUGGUGUUCCGCGACGAGAUCGAGGCUCACCUACGCAAGCAGGCCUACAAGACUCAGAGCAAAUCAGAAGACUGAAGCCUCCACAUUCCCAUCACCAUUCCUUCGUUACGACUGUGAGGUGCGGACAUUACAAUCGCAGUACAGCAAAGAAAUGUUUACACAGAUCCUUCUCCAUUUCACCGCACAGCUGGAGACAAAUGAAUGUACAAAAACAAGCAUUGAUCAAUGUGAAACUUCAAAACACGGUACGACGUUGCAGUAUCAAACACGGCUAACAAGCAAUAUGUAAUAUUUAACCUGCUGAAGUAGAAAUAACAUAUUUUAUGUAUUUUUGGCAACAAUUCAAUAUGCAUGUCAUGCCAGUUUCAAAUGCAACACCUGACUUGCAACCAGUUUUCACAAGGGCUGCAACAAUUAUUAUUUUCAUAAAUGAUUGAUCUGCCAAUUGUUUUUGUAGCUUAAGUGCAUUUUUUUUAAAUAGUUGGCAAUAAUUUUUCUGACUGAAUUUUGCAGCUUGAAUUUUUAUCUUUUUUUCUGCUCUGUUACCUUUCGCCGCUGAAUGGACCUCAGCCAGUAGUCAGCUGUCUUCCAGUUGAUUCAUUCAUUUAACAAACAAAUCAAACAAGAUCAAACCCAAGCAGCUGUUGACUCAUGUAGAGUGUGUUUUUUAUAUCAGAAAGAAAGAACUAUUUAUUAGCUGUCGACAAAAGGAAAAUGAAGAAGUUGCACUUUGACACCACAAGAACCAGUAUAGUUCUACUGAGCUUAAAAGCAAUUUACAAUCUUUGCUUUAACAGCACAGACGAAUGCUGUUCUGUUAGCAUUAUAUUUAUAGGUAGUUUCAGCCUAGCGUAAAAAAAGAAAAGGGAACUUUGUGUGUGUUUUAUGUGACGAUCGGUCACAAUGUUCCUUUGCUGAUGAGGUUAACAGAAGCAUGUGGGUUAAAUAAUGAAAGAGCCAGGAUCAAAGAUGUCUAAUAGCAUGCAGCGCUAUCCUAUAUGUGGACCAGUGUUAGUGUCUAAAUUACAUUAAUAAGAUUUAUGCCCAUUGAGAACAUUAUACCUAAUACUGGACAGAAUUUGAAUGUUACAGCCCCUCCUGUAAAUACUUUUCUAAUAUUCCUUUGUUUCAUAGUUGAAUACUUUUGUCGUAUGUGCCUACAUGCUUAAAGUGACAUGAAAUGUUUUGUAUUGCAUCUCAUAAUGAGAGGAGGUUAGAGGCGAGGUGUUAAAGAGUACAGGAGAGCAGCAGAGAAGUGCUUUAUCUUCUCUCACUGAAAGCCUCUCGUCCUGUACUCAUUGUCUUUCAUUCGGAUCUUUUGCUAAUAUUCCAGCUUUUGUGUAGCUAGUCUUACAGUCUCCUUGCGACCUGUUCCAUGUACACAUUCAAACACAAAUGGCUUAUGCGAGGAAAUGAUUUAUUUUUUAAAAUGGUGGACAUUAAAUAAAAUACAGAAGGCUACAGUAUCA